CCCGGCAGUUCAUUUUUUUAUCAGUUCGAGUGUGUAAAAUAAAAUGAUGUAAUAUUUUUCGCGUUUUUGCUUGAAUUUUUCGAAUAUUUCACGUUCGUUUUACACCUUUAAAUCGAUAUUUCAAUGCGCCACUUGCUCGUUUCGCGUUAUUAACCAAUCUCAGUGUAAUUCCACCCAACUGUAGCAUCUUAAUUUCGUCCGAAAUUCACAUGAGUCGAGUGGUUAUCAGCUCCAGUAAGUGUUAUGGCACUAAAAUUGCACAACAGAAUUCACGCCGAGAAGUUGCUCUCGUUUCUGAACAGUUCUCGGGUCUCUCGUUUCAAUAAAUCACGCUACCAAUGCACUCGAUUUAUCCAAACCAACGCCAGAGUGCUAACGAAAUGGCCAACUCUAUGCCAAGAUGAUAAAUCCUUCGCCUUCGGUCCCUUCUCUCGGGACAGAUUCAACGGCCGAUUAGUCGCUUCUUCCGGUGGUCUGCUAUCUAGACCUUAUAGUUCUCAAAAUCCUCAAGAUGACGGAUCUAAUAAAUCGAUUAUAUCGGAAGAUGAAGUAUUGGAUGUGACUGAGGCUGAUUUCCCCGUCACACAUUCUCUACCUGCGGCUGUAGUUGUGCCGGAACAUUGGCCUAAUGUGCCUUUGAUCGCUGUGUCGAGGAAUCCGGUGUUUCCGAGGUUUAUUAAGUUAUUAGAGAUUACACAUCCUCCUUUGAUUGAUUUGAUUCGAAGGAAAGUUAAAUUCAACCAGCCUUACGCCGGAUUAUUUCUCAGGAAGGAUAAAGAAAACGAUUCUCAAGUAAUCAACGACCUAAAUGAUGUCUACAACGUGGGUACUUUCGUUCAAAUACACGAACUACAAGAUCUCGGUAAUAAACUACGACUGGUUGUUAUGGCUCAUCGUCGAAUUCGAAUCACCGGCGUGAUCAACGACCUCCAAGUACCCAUUAAAGAGGUACGUAUAAAGUACCCGUUAUCUAACACCUUCGUGGACGUUGUUGUAGACGAUUCGAAUCGAAAGAUCGUGAAAAGGUCACGUACCAAGCGUACAGCGACUCCAUCUGUGCCUGCGGUCGAGUCCAGCCAAGAAGCUCCUUUUUCGAUCGAAGAUAUCGCUCAGACAGCUGAACCGAUCAUCGAACCAUCCGAUCCAACGGCGCAGACUGAACAAUCUCAGGAAGCUGUCAAACAGCCGGUUCUCAUGGUCGAGGUAGAGAACGUCCAGCAUGAUAAGUUUAGAAAGACUGAAGAAGUCAAGGCGUUGACUCAAGAAGUCAUUAAAACCAUUCGAGAUAUUAUCAGUAUGAAUACGCUGUAUCGAGAAACACUUCAGCAAAUGCUGCAUCAAGGUCAAUCUGUGGUCGAGAACCCGGUUUAUCUGUCUGAUCUCGGUGCGUCGUUGACUGGAGCUGAGCCUGAAGAAUUGCAGCAAGUUUUAGAAGAAACCGAUAUUCCGAAAAGACUGCUGCUUGCGUUGAGUUUGUUGAAGAAAGAAUACGAAUUGGGCAAACUGCAGCAGAAAAUCGGUCGCGAAGUCGAAGAGAAAGUCAAACAACAACAUCGAAAGUAUAUUUUAAUGGAGCAGCUGAAAAUCAUCAAGAAAGAACUAGGAUUAGAGAAAGACGAUAAAGAUGCCAUCGAAGAGAAGUUUAGAAGUCGAUUAAAAGAUAAAAAAGUUCCUCAACAUGCCAUGGAAGUAAUCGACGAAGAAUUGAAUAAAUUAGGCUUUCUGGAGGCACAUUCGUCCGAAUUUAAUUUAUCGCGAAAUUACCUCGACUGGUUGACGUUGUUACCUUGGGGUGUUACUACCGAAGAAAACCUAGACCUCGCUAAAGCUUCAGCUGUCCUCGAAGAAGACCAUUACGGAAUGGAUGAUGUGAAAAAACGUAUUUUAGAAUUUAUCGCCGUUAGUAUGUUGAAGAAAAGCACUCAGGGUAAAAUUUUAUGCUUCUACGGUCCUCCCGGCGUGGGAAAAACUAGUAUAGCUAAAUCUAUAGCCAGAGCAUUGAAUAGAGAGUAUUUCAGAUUCAGCGUUGGUGGUAUGACCGAUGUGGCUGAGAUUAAAGGUCAUCGUAGAACUUACGUCGGUGCCAUGCCCGGUAAAGCUAUCCAAUGCUUUAAAAAAGUAAAGACUGAAAACCCACUGAUAUUGAUCGACGAAGUGGAUAAAAUUGGAAAGGGUUACCAAGGUGAUCCUUCGUCGGCCUUAUUGGAGAUGCUCGAUCCAGAACAAAACGCCAAUUUCUUAGAUCACUAUUUAGAUGUCCCUGUCGAUCUAUCCAAGGUAUUAUUCGUGUGCACGGCGAACAAUAUCGAGACGAUACCGGAUCCGUUACGUGACCGUAUGGAAAUGAUAGACGUAUCCGGAUACGUAGCCGAAGAGAAAGUAGCCAUCGCUAGACGAUAUCUCAUUCCAACUGCGUUGAAAGAUUCCGGCCUGAAAGAAGAGCAAGUCCAGAUCAACGACGAUUCGCUGCUAUCGCUGAUCAAAUCGUAUUGCAGGGAAAGUGGCGUGAGAAAUUUGCAAAAACACGUCGAAAAAAUCAUUCGUAAAGUAGCGUUGAAAAUCGUCAAACAAGAAACACCGUCGAUUGCAGUCACUCCAGAUAAUCUUCAAGAUUUCGUCGGCAAACCGGUAUUCUCUCAAGAACGUAUGUACGAGAUCACUCCUCCAGGAGUUGUAAUGGGAUUAGCGUGGACUUCGAUGGGUGGUUCUACUCUUUAUAUCGAAACCGUACAGUUGAAAAAGAUCGAGAAAUCGGAUACCGGAGGCGGAGUCGAACUCACCGGUCAUCUAGGCGAUGUGAUGAAGGAAUCGGCUAAAAUUGCGCUAACAGUUGCGAAGAAUUAUCUAUCGAACGUCGAACCUGAUAACGAAUUUUUGAUCAAGAAUCAUAUUCAUUUGCAUUUCCCAGAGGGAGCUACCCCCAAAGACGGACCUAGCGCCGGAUGCACAAUCGUGACAGCUUUGUUGUCGUUGGCUAGAAAUGUUCCUAUUCGUCAGAACGUCGCUAUGACUGGUGAAAUCUCGUUAACAGGCAAAGUAUUACCUGUGGGCGGUAUCAAAGAGAAAAUUAUCGCUGCUCGAAGAUCCGGCGUAAACUGUGUCCUGUUACCGGACGAAAACAAGAAAGAUUUCGAUGAUUUACAAAAAUUCAUUACCGAUGGUCUCGAAGUGCAUUUUGUCAAACAAUACGACGAUGUUUACAAAGUAGUCUUUGCCAAUGAUAAAACUUCCAGCUAACGGUUUCAUUCUGGAUGAAGAUUUCAUUUCGUACGAUUUGAUCGACUCGUUCGAAAUAAACUUACCAAUUUUUUUCUACUCCUGUGGGAUUCAACGUAUAGCCAUGGAAUAGUUACGGGGUGUGAUUCGCAUACUCGAUGUUGAUACUUUGAUAGCAUUUUUGUUUAGAUUUUGUUUUUAUAAUUAUUAUUAUUAUUUUACGAUUAUCGCAGUUACGAUGAUGGAAUUUCUGUGUGUACGGUGUUGUUGUAGCUUUUUAAUGUGUAUCAGUGUGUUAUUCCUCGUUUAACGUUUUCAUUUUAAAGGUUCAUUUUUACGUAUGUGAAAACUGUGUUUGUAAAAGAAAGAAUAUUCUCGAGUU